ACCUCAUCUUCAUCCUCACUCAUCACCCACACAGCCUACACAACACAAACACAAGCACAGAUCGGUCGAGAUUCAAGGCAACCGGGAGCAAUGGCGGGCGAGAAGGGGCUGGUGCUGCUGGACUUCUGGGUGAGCCCGUUCGGGCAGCGCGUGCGCAUCGCGCUGGCCGAGAAGGGCCUGCCCUACGAGUACGCGGAGGAGGACCUGAUGGCCGGCAAGAGCGACCGCCUCCUCCGCGCCAACCCGGUGCAUAAGAAGAUCCCGGUGCUCCUCCACGACGGCCGUGCCGUCAACGAGUCCCUCAUCAUCCUCCAGUACCUGGAGGAGGCCUUCCCGGACGCGCCCGCUCUGCUCCCCUCCGACCCCUACGCGCGCGCGCAGGCCCGCUUCUGGGCCGACUACGUCGACAAGAAGGUCUACGACUGCGGCUCCCGCCUCUGGAAGCUCAAGGGCGAGCCGCAGGCGCAGGCGCGCGCCGAGAUGCUGGACAUCCUCAAGACCCUCGACGGCGCGCUCGGGGACAAGCCCUUCUUCGGCGGUGAGAAAUUCGGGUUCGUCGACGCCGCCUUCGCGCCCUUCACCGCCUGGUUCCACAGCUACGAGAGGUACGGCGAGUUCAGCCUGCCGGAGGUGGCGCCCAAGAUCGCCGCGUGGGCCAAGCGCUGCGGCGAGCGGGAGAGCGUCGCCAAGAGCCUCUACUCGCCGGACAAGGUCUACGACUUCAUCGGCCUGCUCAAGAAGAAGUACGGCAUCGAGUAGGCGCGCCGACGGACGGACGGACGGGCCAUGCAGGCGACAGCCGGCCCGCCGUCCGGAGGAAAGCAACAAAUAAAUCAGGGAGCGAUUUGGGUGGCCUACAAUGCGUACGUCUGGAUAGAGUAUUUCUUUCUUUCUUUCUUCGUGGAAUAAAGUGCUCCGUGUGUGUGUGGUUGGUGGUUGUUGGUUGGAUCAGUCAGUGUGUGUGGGUGCGUGUUGUGUACUCAGUACUCGUGAUGUGUGUGUGUGUCAAUGUGUCAACCCUGGUCUUCGGUGGGGGCAGCACCGAGUUGCCACCUGCCAUUCCAUUUCCAUUCCGGGCGAUGAAUAAAUUAAAAAAGAGUCUCAUUUGUUUAAAUA